CUUCCCCGCCGCAGAAGCAGAUAUUUCAUCGACAGGUCCGGGAAGCAGGCCAGUCCGAUAGCCAUUCCAUCAGGUGCCAGCACUCCAGAUCCCCUACGGCGCUGGCAAGAGUCUCCUCCUGAAGAAGAACCAGCUCCGUUGUCUGCCAUCAAAGACGCGGUCCAGGGUUCGUUAUCCGAGCAGUCCACUGGUAUCCCUGACCAAGGCGUCGCCAACGCUUUCCGGAAUUUCCGUCGGCCAGCAUCCCGAGCUGGCUCUACAACGAGCGCUGGAAGUGCUACCAGUGCAUCUUCUCGACAAUCAGGGACCUCUAGCAGUAGCCGCAGGACACCCGAGAAGAAAACAGGUCGCGUCCGCAAGACACGUCAAGCGAAGAAAGACAAACCACAAUCAGCGAAUGACAUUCGUCCGUUCUGCUGCACGUUUUGCUGUGACAAAUUCAAAAGUAAGUAUGACUGGAUGCGGCACGAGAAGUCACUUCAUCUGAAUCUCGAAAAUUGGAUCUGCGCUCCAUAUGGAGGAACCGUUCUCCUGCCCUCGACAAACCGCGUACACUGUGCAUAUUGUAAUCAGCUUGAUCCAAUUGCUGAGCACCUCAAUCAACAUAAUCAUGGGGCAUGCGAUGGCCAACAGCGCAGCUUCCGACGAAAAGAUCAUCUUGUUCAACAUCUUCGUCUUUUCCACCGUCUUGAAACACUCCCAUUAAUCGACGACUGGAAAACAGAAACCACCAAUUUCACUUCCCGCUGCGGAUUCUGCGAUCGUCAAAUGUCCAACUGGCCUGAACGAUACAAACACCUUGCAGGUCAUUUCCGCAGCGGCUUGACGAUGGCUGACUGGAAAGGUGAUCAUGAAUUUCCCGACUCGAUUGCAGCCAAGGUCACAUGUGCUGUGCCACCAUACUUGAUAGACCUAGAAUCACGAACGGUGGUACCUUUUUCCGCGACUAAUAGCCAGGCGAAGGACCAUUUCUCUCAGAUGCUUUCACGGGCUUCCUUCCACCGUGAUGCUGAUACCAGCACCAGCACCAGCCAGCAGCAAACACAAAACAAGUCAGACUUACCAGCUUUACUUGAGCAACUCCAAGUGCAAGAUUCGCCUCUUAAUUCUUACACCCAGAUUUUGACACUUCAUUUAAGUCAUUAUGCGCAGGAGCAGAUACGUCUUGGUAUCGUUCCUACGGAUGAAAUGUUCCAGCAGGAAGCGAGGCAUUUAUUCUAUGAUUGUGAUGAUCCAUGGAAUCAAACCAUUGCGGAUCAUCCACAGUGGCUGGCUGCUUUUCGAGAGCAG